UCGGCCAGAGGAGGGGGUGUGCUACAAGCUUUUCGGAACGGGGAAUGCCGCGACUUCUCCCGAGCCGGAGAAGCCGAAAACCGCUAGUGAGGCAAAUGCGUACUGCAAGCAGCAGCACCCGAACGCGGUGUUAGCGACGAUUCGAACCACUUCGCAGAAUACUUUUGUGCAAAACAUGGUGGCGGAGUUUGAGCAAGCACAAACAGCAACAGGUAGUUCUUCCGGUACUCCUAAGGUUUUUCUAGGUGCGCACUACAACCCGGAUUCCUUAACCAGUCAGAUCGGAUUCUACGAUAAUACCGUCCCGGUGCCGAGUCUGUGGACGCCGUUGCUCGAAGCGGACGUAAAUCUCGCUGGGACAAACGACUGCACAAAAAUGAAUACCGCGAACGGCCGGUGGCAGCCGGAGCCGUGCACAAACGAAAAUGCGUUUAUCUGCAGCAUCCACAGCAAGUGCAAGCACGGAUUCGUGUUUAUCGAUGGGGAGUGUUUGCUAGUGACGCAAAUCCCACCGCCCUACCAUACUGUCGCCCCGUUUGACGAUUACAACUCGACGUUGCCAAGCUCGAUGCCGAUCUACCCGAAGGAGUUAGCGGAAGAGUACUGCAGAUUACUCGCGCCGUUGGAAAACGCACACCUGGCAGUCCUCCGGACCAACAACCAGAACAACGCCGUGCAGGAUCUGGCGAAAGCGUUGUCGACCAACGUGCAAGCGACGUACUUCGGGUUAGCGUUUAACACCACAGCACUUUUACCCGGUUACGAGUGGAGCAACGGGAGAGAUAGCUUUUGGAAGCCCGAUUAUCGUGAGAAAAAAGUGCUUCACUGUAAGGCUUUUGCAGUUUUUGCAUCACAAGUUCGUUCCACAUGACAGAGAAAAUUUGCCAUGCAAGAUUCCUAAUGGGAAAGCAGGUAAAAAUCCACUGUCUUGCAUUUGUAGCAAGGCAAACACUUGCGAGAUGCUUUUUCUGCAUUACAAGUUUACAGUGAAACAGUUUUUUCCUUUGAUACGGAUGUCACUUGGGAGCCGUUUGACUACGUGCCGGAAGUGAAUGAAAAGGAC